GACUGUGAAGAAAACCCUCUCAAACUUCAGGCGAACACACCAUGACAACUGGCAGCAGCAUAAGCAGCAGUUCACCGAUGAUCAGCUCCUUGUCCUGACUGACCUGCUUGUGUCUCCCUGUUAUUAUGCUUAAUACCAGCAUCCUACACCGAUGGCUAUGGUGUCCAAGCCAGAGCUGCAGGAACUGAAAACGUGAUUUUAUUCUUUUUAUAUAAGAAGGAUGUGAAAACCCAACCAGUAGAAUUCAAAAGAAGAACAACAUAAAAUGAACACCACUGUCCCACCCCCAGAGCUGGUGGGAGUGCCAAGGACACAGAACCUCAGCGUUCCUCUUGGAGCCCUAAGCUCACAGGCCCUGGCAGGAUGGGCCGUCAUCCACACGGCCACAUUGACGUUCUGCUCUUUCCUCCUCAUUGUUAUCUUUUGUCUGGGCUCUUAUGGGAAUCUGGUUGUGUUCCUUUCUUUUUUUGACCCAGCAUUCCGCAAAUUUCGAACUAACUUUGAUUUCAUGAUUCUCAACCUGUCUUUUUGUGAUUUGUUCAUCUGCUGUGUGACAGCACCUAUGUUUGCGCUGGUGCUUUUUCUGGAUGCCAGUGGAGGGGACGGAGUGUCCAAAAGUUUCUGCUUUGCCUUCCAUCUGACCAGCUCGGGCUUCAUCAUCAUGUCACUGGAGACGGUGGCUGUCAUUGCCCUGCACAGACUGCGCAUGGUAUUGGGACAGCAACCGAACAGAACUGCUUCUUUCCCUUGUACCCUGGCCCUGACUGCCCUUUUGUGGACCUCCAGCUUCACCAUGGCGGCUCUGCUGACCAUGAGGGCCUAUCCACGCAGAGAUGGUCCCUGCCUCCCUCACUUUGGUCUGGGGGGUGGCCAGGCCAGGGUGGUACUUUACAUCUACCUGGCAGACUUUGCCUUUUGUGUGGCUGUGGUGUCAGUGUCCUACCUCAUGAUCGCUCAGACCCUGAGGAAGAAUGCACAGGUGAGGAAAUGUCCCAUAAUCAGCGUGGACGCCACCUGUCCCCCACCUCCUCCACCGCUCAUUGCAGCAGGGUUUGAGAGCAUGCAGUGUGGUGUUCAGGGCCCCUCUCUCUAUAGGAACCAGACAUACAAUAAACUGCAGAAUGUUCAGACUCGCUCCUUUGCCAACAGAAAUCAGCCAGUUGUGCCAGGGGCCGCAGCAGGAGCUACGUGCUGUCAGCUGGUGUCCACAGUCAACCUGGCCACAGCCAAAGACUCUAAAGCAGUGGUGACUUGUGUAGUUAUUGUGUUUUCUGUGCUGCUGUGCUGCUUGCCAAUGGGAGUUUCACUGGCACAAGAUGUGCUGUCACCAGAGAGUAACUUUACACAUUACCAGUUUGAACUGUGCGGGUUUGUCCUCAUCUUUCUCAAGUCAGGCAUUAAUCCCUUUGUGUAUUCUCGCAACAGCGCCGGCCUCCGCCGCCGCGUCCUUUGCUGUUUUCAGUGGGUGGCACUAGGUUUUCUCUGUUGCAAGCAAAAGACCCGCCUUCAUGCAAUGGGAAAAGGCAGUCUCGAAGUGAACCGCAAUAAGUCAUCCCACCAUGAGACCAACUCGGCGUAUGUCCUGUCACCAAAACCACAGAGAAGGCUAAUUGAUCAGGCAUGUGGGCCCAGCCACUCCAGGGAUUGUGUAGGAAGCCCUAAAGGCACCGGGACACGCAAACCCCGCCCCCCCAGCACCUCCACACCCAUCAACACCCGCAUCGAGCCCUAUUACAGCAUAUACAACAGCAGUCCAUCUGCUGGGCCCAGCUCACCUACCAGCCUGCAGCCUGUCAGCUCACAAACAUUUGCUUUUGCUAAGUCUUAUGUAGCUAUGCACUACCACACCCACCAAGAUGCACUACAGGACUUUGACAGCACCUCUGUGCAUCAGAUUCCCAUUCCCUCCGUCUAAACCUUAGACAUCUGUUGUUAUAGAUCAGUGUUAAUACAGGGCUCAUCUCACUUUAGGUACCUGGAUAUGAACACACAAGCGGGGAUAUAGAGUUGAAUACUACUCUUUGAGAUGAAACCUAAAAUGUAUUGUAAUCUGUUUUCGGCUCAAACUUUCUAGUGCAUUUUAACACAAUACUGUGCACGCAUGUGCCAUCCUUAAUGCAAGACUUUGGUUCAAAAUGCUGCAGACUACAUGAACUGAUUUCUGUGCUGAGCCCUGAAAGCAGUUGCUGUAGUGACCGUGUUAUGAAAACCUGCACACGUCCUCACAUGGCUGACAAUGGCAUGUGAAUGGAGGGACAUUUGCUUCUUAAA